CGACCAAGGGGGGCUGACCCUGAACACGUGACAGUUGCUCUCUCUUGCCUUGAGGUUGUUGCUGUCAUAAAUUUGUUUAGUGUUCUUCUCGCCGCUAGUGGCUAGCCAGAGAGAGGGGUUGAACUGUGCGGAGUGUGGAAAAGAUGGAGCUCUCUGCGGCCGGGGAUCGCAUUUUCGCCGCGGAGGCCAUCCUGAAACGCCGUGUCCGAAAAGGAAGUAUUGAAUACCUCGUCAAGUGGAAGGGAUGGGCAUUGAAGUAUAGCACAUGGGAGCCUGAAGACAAUAUCCUGGAUGACCGACUCAUCACAGGUUUUGAACAGAAAGAACGGGAACAGGAGAUGUACGGGCCGAAGAAGCGUGGGCCUAAGCCGAAAAACUUUGUUCUCAAGGCAAGGGCCCAAACAGGCGAGCCCUCAUCACGGGCCUCCGCCACCCGCGCUCCUGCUCGCCGCACACCUUCCUCUCGUCCACCUUCCUCUCGUCCAUCUCCAUCCUCUCGUCCUGCUCCUCCAUCCUCCUCCACGUCCACCUCCUCCAUCGCCUCCACUCCGACCGCCUCCUCAUCCUCCUCCUCCGCCACUGCACCCUCUGCUAAGCUCCACUCGCUGGCCGCCACCCACAAGCUGAAGAAGGACAUCCGCCGCUGCCACCGCAUGUCGCGCCGGCCCCUGCCCCGCCACGACCCCCUUGCCCCAGCCGGCAGCUCCAUCCCUGGGGCCCCGUUCUCUGCCCGCGCACCCAUCUCGCCGUUCUCCGAGACCGUGCGCAUCCUCAACCGCCGCGUCAAGCCGCGGGAGGUCAAACGGGGUCGCAUCAUCCUCAACCUGAAGGUCGACGUUAAGUCGUCUGGUGGUAGCGGCGCGGCGGCCAACAGGCGUGCUGCCAUCCCCUCGCGGAACCGCAUCAUCGGGAAGCGUCAGGGCGAGGUGCCCUACCGGCCCUUCCAGCCGCCCAUGAAGAUGACCGGCUUCCCCAUGUACGGCAAGCCUUACGGGCUGCAAGGCAUGGGCCCGACCCCCUUCCAGACCACCAACACUGGCAUGGCCUCGUCCAACAGCAACAGAGGUGGAGGUGUUGGGGGCUCGUCAGGGAUCGUUGCCCCACCUCAAGCGGCUGCUAUUGCUGCAACCGGCGUGCCCCGGUAUCAGCCUCCACCCUCCCCCUCUAGCUCAAGUGGCUCUGAUAGUCGACCCGCAACGCCCCACCAGAACCAGAACCAGAACCAGCCCAGGGCCUCUCGUCGUGCCGCUCCUCCGGCCCAGAGUCAGAGCUCCCCUCAGGGGACUGCUGCUGCUGCGGCUGCUGCUCCAUCGCUCCAGGCCCAGCCAGGGGCUUCCCAGACUGCGGCGGUGCCUGACUCGGCCGCUUUCCUCCCCUGCUCCCCCUCGCUGUCCUCCUCACGGUCCUCUUCCUCAUCUGUGGAGGACGAGGAGGGGCAGAACGGCGUUCGCCUUUUGGGGCCUUCGACGACGGGCAACCGAGGUGUCCGCGGCGGUUCCCUUACAGCCAGCCAACAGCCACUCCCCGCCACAGCUGCCUCCCCAGACGACACUGUGUCCCAGCCUGCCGCCGCCGGCACUACUGAGGGCGCCCCUCCUGCCGCUGAGGGCACGGCGCGGGCGCCGGUGGAGGGGGACCCCGACUGGCGCCCCGAGAUGGCACCGCCGCGCUGCGCCAACGUGGUGGUGACGGACGUCACCACAAACCUCCUGACCGUCACCAUCAAAGAGUUCUGCCAGCCUGCCGAAGGUGGCGCAGCAGCGGCAACGGAAGGGGCAGGAGCGGGCUCUGGUCCCCCGUCGCCCUCCUCUGCCGCCACCACCACCACCACCGCCAACACUCCCUCCACCACCCCGGCCCUCACCACCUCUGUUCCUCAGGGGGAACAGGCGCCCUCUUCGUUGCCUCUCCCUGCCUCCGCCUCUGUAGCACAGGUCUAGAAACCCCAUUCGGCUGUGGUUGGGAAGGGCCGGGGGGGACAGGGGUAGGGAUUGGGGGUUGCGGUCGUUGGGGGUGAGUUGCCUACGACCAACUGCAUGACUUCUCCCUUUACUGUACUGUACUUCUCCGAAAAUCGAUCCUCGAUCAUUUGUUUUAAAUAGAUUUAAAAACAAAGAAAUGUCAAAUGUAUUUUUUAUGCAAAAGAACAGUGGUUUAAAAACAAAACAAAAAAAUGAACCCCAUAAAUAAACCGAAGCAGUUAGUCGUCGCUAUUCAUUUCUAAAUCCUGCAUGUCCUCUUGCACAAUUAGCGGAUGAUCAUGGUGUUAGCCACAUGACCGAGUUCCAAGGACUCAUCGAUUUAGAAACGCGAUGCAAAACAUUUUUUUGGGGGGGGGUUCUAGCCCCUUUUCCCAGACUUUGGCUUGAGGGACCAGAGAGGUGGCUAGCCGGAAGGACCCCACAGUUAAAAGCCCUUAGCAGAGUUGUAUAAAGUAGAAGUAGAAGUACUCUAACAAAUGUAAUUACAACACUAGUAGUAUUAGAUAUUGAAACCAUGUAAUAUCGAACCACUAUUGUUGUUAUUACAUUUGUUGGAGAACUUCUAGUUCUACUUUAUACAACUCUGGCCCUUAGUUUCUUCAAUAGUCUUAACUUGAAGCCACAGUGCUAGUUUACUUCUUUUUGUAAAGAGGGUCUGGCUGGCUUUUUGGUUCUCGUGACCCUGUUGGCCUGUGAACCCACCCAUUGCCCAUAAUAAACGCAGAUCCCAUUGUUUGUUGACCUUAAGCAGAAUCUAAACACCCCCACGUAGAGCGUCGUAUCUCAAUAGGAAACAGCCAGGCCCCGCCUGUGAGAAAUGAAAACCGUAGCUCGAGAGUACAAGUGGCUCAUUUACUAAAAGCUGCCUGGAAAGUAAUGCAGAUGGUUGUUUUUGUUGUUAUUUUUUUGCUUAGAGUGCUGGGGAGUAUUCUAAGAACCUGGCUAAGUAGUAAACCAGGUUAAAUUAACCUUAAAUUAACCAAGUGGUAAAUCAGUGACACUUUAUUUUAGGGAUACAUCUAUUAGCACUAAUACAUACAAUGUUCCUGUAUAAGUAACUUGUAAGGCAUGUACAAAGCAAAAUCAAACAUUUGUUAGGCAUGUAUUCGUAAAUGUCUUGUUCAUGCAUAAUAAGGGAUUUAUUACCAAUGUAACCUUAGUAAGGACCUAGUAGGCCUUAGCAUUUGCUUAGUACAUGCCUUACAAGUUACUUAUGCAGGCAUUAACAUUGUAUGUAUUAGUGCUAAUAGAUCUAUCCCUAAAAUAAAGUGUUACCGGUAAAUCAUCUAAUAGGAGAGUCUGGAGUCCUCAUUUCUUGGCUAAAUGUCACCUGUGCACUGUCUAUUAGCUGGUUUACCACAUUCUGUAGGUUAACAUACCCAGGGCCCUGUUCCUCGAAACCAUUGUUGCUAACCAGUCAGCAACUUAGUAGUUUGCCAAUGGGAAAUUGCAUUGCAACCAAGUAAGUUGCUAACUUAGUCAGCAACGACACUGUCGAGAAACGCACGCUAGGUUUAUCGCUUAAUCUUGUUUUUGGAAUAGUGCCCUAUUAGUUUAGGUUAACCAACAUUGUUCAGCACUUGCACUUGGUUGGCAGGGCAAGGCAAUAUUAUGCACAGGCAUGUGCACACGCACACACACACACACACACACACACACACACACACACACACACAAACACUCUCAGACAUACACACACUCCACUGUGCAUUGGUUCAAGUCAGGGGGUUAGACAUACUCUAGGCAGCUCUCUCUGUAAUUUUCAGACCUUGCGUCUCCUCCGCAGUUCAACAGAGCAUAGUAGUUAGUUUGUGCGCUCACCUAAUCACGUCAUCUGUGUGGGGCCAUGCUUUGCUUUAUAAAAAAAAGCCAUCUGGUUUCCAAACUGGACAGUGAUCAGACAUCUUCUAUUAGAGUAAGAUAACCCAAACUCCACCCACCCAAAGCAAAGGAGUGUGCUCAAGUUUGGUCUCCUAAGGGCGUGUUGUUGUCCCCUCCUUCUUCUUGUCUUUCUGUGGCAUUUGGUGAUGGCUUGCAUGAGAUGUGUGCUACUCCUAUCUACAGUGCCAAGGGAACUCCACUCAUUCUCAACCGUAAGACUCCAAAGGUCUCCUAACCGAAGGUCUCCGAAAGGGACGUUUUCCUGACAUCACAUGGAUCCAGGAAAUGCACGGGCUUGAAGUAUCUUACUCUAAUAGAAGAUGUUUGUUGAUAACAUUUCAGAUGUUGUCCCCGCUCCAUGACAAAAGUGGGUUUCGUGUUGCCCCAUCUUGCCAUCACUCCGGAAAGGUCCCAGCGAAUAAAACAAACUCUGCCAUAGUGAAUGAUGGAAAGUUAGGACCGGGCAUCGGGAACAAGACAGACUUGAAUCGCUUAUCCCAACCCACUCCCACAAACCUCAACACCCCAACCGCCCGAGGUAUUCCAUCCGAAGAAAAUGUUCAUGCUUUUGUUUGUUACUAGGUGAUGCUUGCCAUACGUCAUUUUUUUGUCUCUGUUAUCGUACAGGCGUAAGGAUACGUAUUUAAAAUGCACGCACAAAAUAACUGAAAAGCUGCAAAAAUAUCAUAGACUAAGGACGAUUUUAAGUUAUUGAUUGACCGUUGUUAUUUUUUUCUGGUCUUGUUGUGUCAUGUUCCGUGAGAGAGACAUGUCAAGCAUGAACGGAAUAACAGACUUUUACUCUUAUUUAAGCUGAUGACUGCAUUUUGAGUGUAACAUGUAAUCAACCAUUAUGCUCUUCUGUGUGAUUUUUGUUUACCGUUUUUAUUUUAUCAAUGUACGCUGUCCACUUCUCUUAGGAGCUGUUUCCACGUAGCAGGAUAUUCUCAAAUGUGGAUAUUUUUUUCUCCUGGUUACAUUGGUUUGGGCCUUCCUUUUCGUUUCCACGUAAGCAGAUUUUUAAAACCCACAUAUCAAAAAUCCUGCUUCAAAAAUAUCCUAGUUAGGGGGCUAAAAUGCACCCGUUACAAUGGAGUUUUUGUUUUUAUCCCCAUGUUGCGUUUACACCUAAAAAGGAUAAAAAAUACCCACAUAUAAAAAAUAUCCUGCUACGUGGAAACAGCACCUCAGUCUCUCUGCCUUUUCCAGACAUAGGACGUGUUCUCGCUUAUUGAAGUUACUGUGAUCUUGGGGCUGUUUUUAGGCCAAAGCUGUUUGUGAAAAGCGCUUGUGGAUAGAUUUGAACGUUGUGAGAGCGUGAUCGAUGGGUUAAUUACGUAGAAACAACACUGCUGUAGGUGGCUGGCAUCCAUAUACUAGAAAAAUGCUCAACCAGAAACGUACCAUGUUAAGCUUUCGGCAACAGCCCUUAGUUGGUGCCUGUGAUCAUCUUAGUUAAAAAAAUACAAAUAAAUAAGAGAUGUAUGUUAGUUUUGUAUGGCUGGACUGGGUGCUAUGACCAAGACAAUACAAGACGAUCCAUCAUGUACACACGGGUGUAUAAAGUAGAAGUAAGUUCAUGAUUUCAUGUACAACUCGGCUACAUAUUGACCUACAUAGUUGUUACAGCACAUAUUCCACUGUAGCCUGGUCUUACCAACCACACAUAGUAAUUUCAUUCUUACACCGGGUUUUGAACGGCCAAAUUGUGAAACAUUUAUUUACUGGAGGGAGGGAGAAUCUGAUGAAAUUUGAAAUGACUGUCUAAUUUUACCCAAUUGCUAAUGUUUGCUCGUGGUCAUGAAAAACGAUUAGGGCUACUGGUGAGAGGGGGAUGAACUUCGUUGAAGUUUGGAAUGCACAUCCCCCUCUCUCUAGCCACCCCUUGUCGCUGAUUGGCUGGUUGUUUUGGUAAAAAGACUAAUUGGCCUUCCCAGAACACCCUUGUCCAGUGUUGCCAGAUUGGGCGGUUUCCCGCCCAAUUGGGCUGCUCAGGAUGGCCGACAGAGGGUAAGAAAGGCAUUUGGGUGGGGUUUUUCUGCUAAUUUAUGGCCAUAGAAAUCAAUAGGAAUUACCUCAAAUUGGGCAGGAUUUUGUGCUUCCAGACGGGUUUUAAGCAUUUUUUGGGGUAGAAAAUCAACAGUCUCCCAGAUGUCUACCCAGACGUAUCGUGGAAGGAACAGUUUUGGACUGGAGCGUUUAGGUCUAACAAGGCCUGGCCAUUUCCACUGUACCCAGUGAGGUUUUUUUUAAAAAAAAACUUUUCUAUUACUAAUACUUUAUACACCUCUGCAUGUGUAGAAGACCAUCCACUGGUGCUGCCCUCCUGCCCCUCUAGGGCCUGCCUCCCCUUCUGGUGUGUGUAUGUGUUCAUCAUGCAUAGUACAGUAUGCACAGUAUCCUUCCAGUGUCGUCAUCCGCAUGUGCUGCCUUUUUUUGAUGCUGCUCUGUUCAAAGUACAACCAGACGUGGUAGUAAACGGUUAGUAUGUCAUAGGAAGUAUUACACAAUUUCAAGUUAAGAAGUAACAUUAUUUUUUUGUUGUCGUUUACCUGUAAUAUCAAGUAGGACAUCUUGGUGUGAGACAAGGCAAGUUUCAAAGAUAUGCCUCCUUUUUUUUCUCCGUUUUAAAGAAGGGCAGCUCAAUUGUACUUUUAGUGGCCUAUAUUUUAAACUUUAAAAACUCUGCAUAGGGCUUUUUGAAUUUGUUGGAUGUAGUGGCGAGCGCCGAUAGAGGCGCUCAAAAUGAAUCGGACAGACUUUUUUCUUUGUAAUCACUUUGAUUAACAGUCAUCUCUGUCUGAAGAUGUAAGUGUUGUCGACAUUAAGAAUAUGGGCUUUGGUGCAUUUUUUUGAGGGAUUUGUUAUUAUUAUUAUUAUUAUUAUUAUGGUUUUAUUUCCAUGUUGUUGAAGUGUUUUUUUUUUUUUUCUUAAAUGCCGCCAUUUAAUAGCCAUUGUAAUUUUUUCAGUAGUUCAGUAAUGGGUUUGAGUGAUUGGAAACCCAGGUUAUGAGCUCUGUGUGGUCGCUAUGGUAAUACCGUAAUGUAAAUGCUCUUGAUUAUAAUGAUUAUGAUGAUAAUGAUGAUUAAUGAUGAUGAUGAUAAUGACAAUGACAGUGAAUUGACAUUGUAAUGUAUCUGAAGCAUGUUUCAAACCCUUAUUGUACAGGUCAUGUAAGUGUCAUAAUGUUGCCUUUUUUUGUGUGUGAGUACUCGUAUGUGUGUGUGUUUCUUGUAUGAAGCUUUUAAUAAAACUCACCGUUAAAAGACAUGAA